UAGCUAAACACACAAGAUGGAUGAGAGAGCAUUUUAGUCACUCUUAGCCAACAUAUGUGCAGAUUGGACAACUGGAAAUGGAUUACCUAAAGAUAAGGCCUGUUAAAUUAUCUGACAAGCCUCCUCCCAGCUUACUGUUGCAUCAUUUUUGACUGUGAAGAAACACCCACACUGCUGUCAUCUUGUGAAUCGCUCUGUGGUUUUACCAGUUAUGGGGAAUUUUACUCGCCUGAUGUGAAGAAACCUUAAAUUCACAAGAAAUACAGGGAAGACUUAAUUUUUUAUUUAGGAUUAGUGUUACUUAAUAAGUCAGAACUGAUUUGCCACAUCACAAUCAGCCAUGGGUCUGUCUCAGAUCUAAAGAUGCCAUAAGCCCGUGUUGGUGUCCUUGACGUGACUAUAAGAGAAAAUUAACCCUGGAAAGCUCUGAAAAUGACUAUGUCCUCUCCUGUGGGACCACAGGGUAUCACUCUGGCUCAGCCCAUCCCUGUCCCAAUGCUGACUGUCCUGCCCCCCUCCUCAGAUACAGAGUCCUGGUCUCGCUCACCUAGCCCUAGACUGUCACGCUUCAGCCGCCACAGUCGAUCCCACCGCAGCAGAACCCGAAUUAAGAAACGAAAUGAGGAAGAGCAAGAUUGCACUCUGAAGCGAGGUAAAACACCACAAAUUGUAAUAGAAGACACUGCGGAGAAGGGCACCAUUGGACACAGAAGCCCCUCGCCCUCCCCCUCUGUGGCCACACAGAUGGAGGGGGAAGAGCAAGGUCAGGACAGCCCUUCGCAGGACCUCCUCCUGCCACCAUCAUGCUCAUGGUCUCGUAGUCCCUCUCCUAGCCGCCGCUCCCGUUGGUCCCUCAGGAGCCUGCUCAGCAGAGACUCUGACUGGGACAGCUGCAGUACAGCCAGUAACUCUCCACGCAGCACCCCUGGCAGCUCUCCUUCCCUGCGGCGCAGGGUCCUCGGGGGUGGCAGGGCCACUGAGACCGAGGGAGGAGGAGAGAAGAGCGCUGGUGGAGGAGGUGGAGGUUCAGAUAGCCCCCUACCCUCCAUACCCUCUGCCUCCUCCCUCACAUCCGCCUACCCACUUGCUUCUCGCCACUUCAGCCGCAAUGCCAAGAAAAUGCAGAGCUGGUACAAUGUUCUCAGUCCGACAUACAAACAGCGGAACGAGGAUUUUCGUAAACUCUUUAAGAAACUUCCUGACACAGAGCGACUUAUAGUGGACUACUCUUGUGCUCUGCAGAAGGACAUACUGCUUCAGGGCCGCCUUUAUCUGUCAGAGAAUUGGCUCUGUUUCUACAGUAACAUCUUCCGCUGGGAAACCACUAUCACUAUCCUGCUGAAAGAUGUGACCUCUAUAACCAAGGAGAAGACUGCUAAGCUCAUCCCAAACGCCAUCCAGAUCAGCACCGACAAUGAGAAGCAUUUCUUCACAUCUUUCGGAGCAAGGGAUCGCAGCUACAUGAUGAUUUUCCGACUGUGGCAGAAUGCGCUGUUGGACAAGUCUCUGUCCCCUAAAGAGCUCUGGCACAUCGUACACCAGUGUUACGGCACUGAACUGGGCCUCACUAGUGAAGACGACGACUAUGUCUCCCCCACCGCCGAACACAUGAACGGCCUACUGCCAGGAGACGAGUCGGUGUCGGUCACAGAUCUGCUAGACCUGAGCUCAGUGUCAGUUCCCUCUACCGGCAGCUCUCCCCCUCCCCUGGUGCCCUGCGGUCCAGCCAGCCCAUCCUCUGCUACAAACCUCGGGGGCUCCUCUCCCCCUAACUCCGCCUCCUGUCUGCCCAUAGAGAUGCCCUCCUCAUCCGGACGCAGACUCAGCUCUGACCCGCUCGAACCCAGCCCGCCCAGCUCCCACAGCUCAUUGCCAUCCACCACUCCCACCAAUGCCUCCGCCUCUGCCUCUGCUCCGGCCUCUGCUGCUGCCUCCUUUAAUCUCGAAGAGGGUGGGGACAGCCUGUCUGAGUCAGCCAAUCACAUGCUGCCCCAGCCAACGACCAGUCUGGGAAACCUCUCCUCACUGGACAUCACCAACGAUGAGGAACUACCCACAGACCCCAGCAACUCCUCUGACACGCAAGAAGAAAGUGAAGUGGAGUCAUUCUGUGCGGACCUGAGCGGGCGGCUGCACAUCAACACUGCGGUCCGCAUGAGCGUAGACAAGCUGCACGACUUGCUGUUCUCUGCUGACACACACUUCAUCCAGCACCUCUUCUCUCAGCGGCACUUCACCGACUUGUCGGUGGGUGAAUGGCAGCAGGACAGCAGCAGUGGGAAUACCAGCCGUGUGCUUAGCUACACCAUAGCCCUCAACAACCCCCUCGGCCCCAAGACUGCCCCUGUGGUGGAAACGCAGACAUUGCAUAAGAGCAGUGCCCGGGGCGAGUGCUAUGUGGUGGACUCAGAAGUCAUCACCUCUGGCAUCCCCUACCAGGACUACUUCUACACUGUCCACAGAUACUGCCUCACCUCCAUCAACAAGCACAAGAGCCGGCUCAGAGUUUCCUCAGACAUCUGCUACCGGAAGCAGCCGUGGAGCCUGGUGAAAGCAUUGAUCGAAAAGAACACCUGGAGCGGCAUUGAGGAGUACUACAGACACAUGGAGAGUGAGGUGUGCAAGCUGGAGACGCUACUGCAGUCUGAGGUCUCCGUGGUGACCACAGGCGAAGCAGUGGGAGCCGAUGCUGCCAAGACCCCACCGGCCCUGCGCCGCCGCAAACGCACCUGCUCUCGACGGCAGGGCGAGAGGGAGAGAGAGAGAGAUGGAGGAGGUGUGGGCAGCGGGGAGCGAGGGGACAGAGGAGUCGGAGAGGAGAGGGAAAGGAGAGAAGCCAGUGCUCAGUAUAUAAAGCUGGGAGAGCGUUCACGUGGUGGAGGACACAACAGUAUAUCGACCAUCCUCCUCAUCGUCAGCUUCAUGAUCUGUAUCAGUCUGGUGGUGCUGGUGGCUCUCAACAUGCUGCUCUUCUACAAGCUGUACGCUCUGGAAAGAGCGGCCCAUACACUGGAGACGUGGCACUCCUAUUCUGUUGCUGACAGUCCUUUGCCCCAGACGGCCGGGGAGUGGGCUCAGGUCUUGCAGCUCCAGAGGCAGUUUCACCAGGCUCAGCUCAGCAAGUGGCAGCAGAUCCUGCAGUCCUCUGUCACACUUCUCGACCAGAUGAAGCAGUCUUUAGAAAAACUCCACCGGGGUAUUGUGGUCCCAGAGGUGCAGCAGGACCCGCCCACUGACACCCUCACAGACCCCCUGACUGAGCCCUGAGCACUACCUCUUCUGGUCAACACCACUCCGACUGUUCCCCACAUCUAAAUACACUCUGGCGGACCCCUCUUUUCCCUCCCUCAUUUCCAAAUUGAAAACCAGGUUUGGAACAUGCGGGAGGGGAAACUACAUUACCCACAACUCCUGACUGACUUGAAAUGGCAACGUUCGCCUUCAGCCUCAACCAGUAACAACUUCAGUGAACUCUCACUCAGACUGGAAGCUAUCAGGACCACAGCAAUAAUUUACCUACAGCUGCAAGUCAUCUGUAUGUCGUGUAUGGAAACAGGCCACUGGUGGGCCGACUCACGCCAUCCGCUCCUCAAGAAUCAUAGACACAUUUCAAAAUGGCCAACCGUGUUUCAGAAUAACUUUAAUUCCAACCUCCUUCCCAAUUUUAUGACUAUCACAGACUUCGGUUUUCUCUUCUGACCUGCGACGUUUCACAGAUUCAGUGAUUCUGGAAAGUGGGUGCUCCUCCCUCCAAGUCCUGGGAACAGUUAAGAUACCCUUGCCUCUAGUGAAUGCCUGCUGAAACAAAAAGGGGAACACCACCUGCUGGGUGGAUGUGAGGAAGAAAAACACGUAGGAGGAGAAAAGAGAGUGCUGACGGGGAGCAAGGACGCCUCUCUCGCUAUGUCUGCCAGAGAUUUUUUUUUUUUUUUUUUCUUUUUUUCUUCUUCUUCUAUGUCCGAGUUGCGACCCGCCAGAGGCCAUCAACCCUCUGCGAACGGGGACGAGGAACAUUUCAACACCAGACACUUUAGUCUUCACCCUGAUUUUUAGAUGUGAAUUGUACAUCUGAAGAUAAAUCCCAAACACACUCCCACUCCUCCCGUUCCUGUCGGGGUUUUAUCUUUUUUUCAAAAUCAGUGUGUUGGGUUGUUUGUUAGGGCAUCAAGCUGUUUCUCGGACCGUUACAGUAUUUAUUAUUACCAAUGACUUUUGACCUGAAGUCCUGUCCUGCUCUUAAGAAGUCAUGUGGUGGGUAUUUUGUGCUCUGAUUUGCUGUUGCGGUGCGGACCAAGAGGAGCUACAAGAGAAUAAUUACUGGUCACAGCAAUAAUGACAAUAGUGAUUCUAGUACUUUUUGAAUGUUUCAAACAAAGUAGUAUAUAAUUAUAAUAAUAAUAAUAAUGAGGAUGUGCGUGAAUGUGUGUAGAAGCAGUGAAAAAACCAAGCAAAGAAGAUUUUGACUUGAGAGAAGUAUGCGUGUGUGUUCAUGAGGAGUCCUCACUGUUACAUUUUCAGAUGUUACAUUUUCAUAUUAGCGUUUCUUUAUAUAUAUAUAUAUAUAUUUUCUUUUUUUGAGAUUAAUGUUUCAGGUUUAGUUGCUCACUCUUUGUAUCACAGAGCCAGACUGUAACAGUUCAGGAUUUACCGUAGACUUGAUUAGGUAGAAACGUUAAAAUAUCACAACAGUCAGCUACUUAUGGGCCAGACAUUUCAAAAUAAAAGGACCAACCGGAACUUUGCAGGCCCAGGUGGAGAAAAAAGGGAAUCUGUUUUGCAGUAUUGUUUUGUUUUGUUUUUUUUGUGUUUGUGUGCGUUUGUAAGAUUAAUUUGAGUAACUUGUCUUCUCUUUUUAUUGAAUUCCUUUUUCAUUUUCUAUCUUUAUUAUUUUGUCAUCUUUAUUUGUUGUUUAUUU